AAAGACUUUCCCCGUGAGUGAACGAACCUAAAACAAAUUCAAGUCAACCUGAUCCCAAGUUCAAUGAUGUUUUUGUCUAGGAUGAUAACUUCCACCCACGAAACCCAAAACCAAAACGAAAGAAAGAAAGUUUCAAGACAGGUGACUACUCCAUUGUCGAUUCCCAUGGAGACCCAAUUGGAAUCAGGAGGAGAAGAAUGGAGCACCCUCCAUCAAGCUCUAACAUGGGCAGAGAGGUACAAGAUAGCCCUAGAAAUGGCCACUACUCUCAUCCAUGCCCAAGCUGCCCCCCGCAAAUCUUCAGAUCAUAUCUUGAUGCAGGGUUCAUCAGAAGCAGAGCUAUGGAAAACUACAAAUUGGAGAUCAUGUGUUGAGAGCUUUGGAAAGCUCCUGUACGCGCUCAUCUCAGCCAAGGAAUUAAGCGGCGCCGCCAAGGUGGCGUCAAGCAUGGUGGGGGAUGGAAGGACGUUUCGGGCGGCGCUCUGGUUGCGCCGCCAUAUGAUUCCACCGCUCCCGUGGGCGUGCCCCUUGCGUAGAUAUUAUAUACUAAAUGGGGAAGAUUUGGAUGAGAGGAUGAGGGAUGAGAUAAUGGCGUCGGGAAGAGCAAUUGUGCAGCUGGGUGCAGCUCUUCGGGUGGUAAUCCGGUGCACGCAGGAUGACCCGCCCACCAUGGCGGAGGUUUAUAGGACUCUGGAGGCUGCUAAUUGCUGUGAAAUCCCAUGGUCUCUCACCACCGCUCUGGCCAUCGGGUUUCCUUUGUAUCGCACCUUGGCCCUUUUGGUUUACUUGGUGGUGUUCUUAUACGUGGGAAUUUAUAAGUCGCUUGGUAUGCUUGUUUUCUACUUUCCCUAUGCUCUUGGGGUCUAUGAUUCUCCUGGUUAUGAUCCUUUCGACGCUCUUCUUCUGCUCUUCUCGCUCUUGGCGCUCAUGUGGCUCGUCUUGAAGACUGUUUGCAGCUUCAAUAGACUGGAUGACGUCUUGUAUUUGGAUGAAUGAAUGGAGGAAGUUUUUUAUCCAGCAGAUUGAAUGGUGGAGAAUUGCGGUGUCAAGUUAUUUGCUAUUAUGAAUCCUGAUUAAAAUGUUAGCAAUGUUAUAUGAUAGAUAUUAUGUCGCCUAAUCUUUUUAAGGAUCGAUAUGAAUCUUCUACUAUAGUUGUCAGAUAAAUGUGGGAUUAUUUAAUUCACAGCCUUGAAACAGGUGAAGAUUGUUAUUGUAAGCCAGUGGAGCACGUUAGUCAAUAAAAAUUGCCGUCGUGUGUACGUCGAGGCAUUUAUGU